AUGUCGGAAGAAGAGGAAAAACCGCACGAGCAGGAACUGCAGGAGCAGCUGCAACAGGAGCAACAGGGGCAACUGCAACUGCAGGAGAGAAGGAGAGGAUCCGUUCAACGUCCCGUGGAAUCAGAGGAGGAACGUUUGGAAAGGUUGGCCAGGCAAGAAGAGAUAGACUCGAGGUCGGUAUAUGUGGGCAACGUCGAUUACCAGUCAACCCCCGACCAAGUGGAAAAGUUCUUGAAAGUGGUUGGGGAGGUUCAACGAGUCACGAUUUUGUUUGACAAGUACACCGGGUUGUCUAAAGGAUACGCCUAUGUUGAGUUUGUCAAUCUUGCAAGCGUUGAGCGUGCAGUCAACGAGAUCCACGGCAAGGAGUUCAGAGGGCGAGAGAUUCGUGUUACUCCCAAGCGAACUAACUUGCCUGGUUUUAGAAAGAGGGGUGGUGCUAGAGGAAACGGCGGGUUCAGAGGCAAGAGCAGAGGCGGUGGCAGUGGUGGAUUUAGAAGGCCUAGACGUGGUGGUGGUUACGGCGGUGAUGGUGGUAAUGGCGGUAACGGCGGUAACGGUGGCAGAGGCUCAACAAAAGUAGUAGCGACUGCUGAAGCUGCUGGCGGUGAAAAUUCCAAAGAGUAA